AUGAGUUACUACAACAACUACUAUGGAGGCCUGGGCUAUGGCUAUGGCUCUGGUUAUGGCUGUGGAUGUGGCAGCUUCCGUGGCCUAGGCUAUGGCUUUGGUGGCUAUGGCUUUGGAGGCUAUGGCUUUGGUGGCUAUGGCUAUGGAGGCCUAGGCUAUGGUGGCUAUGGCUAUGGCUGCUACCGCCCAUCUUUCUCUGGAAGGUAUUCUUCCUAUGGCUUCUAUUGA